AAGUAAUUUAAGAAUCUGUGCAUUACCAAAUUACCGAUCAUCGAUCAUCACUUUCUCCCCGACCAACAAUCAAUUGCUUGCUCCCUCUCUCUUUCCCCUGCCACCAUUUUGACCGGAACUGGUUCUAUAAUCGACGAAUUGAAGCAGAAUAACUAUUCAAAUUUAAACUUCAAGUGUUCGAAUAUCUCAUAUUAUCAAUUCCAAUUCAGAUUCCUAACACGAGCUCCGAAUGAAUUGCGAAGUUUCCCAACUCAAAGAACUGGAAGUGGAACACUUCGAGAUCAGAGAAGUUUUGAGAUGUAUACUACAUACAAUUAUGUUCCACAGGGCUCUAGGCCUCGUGCGUCCAAAAGAUGUUGAUUUAGAACUUUUUGACAUUACAUAUGUCCAGUGUGGAGAUGUGGAACUUGAAAAGAAGAUAGAUGAGAAGAUUGACCAGUUCAUUUGUUGGGUAGAGAAGCACCCUAACAAGAAAAGUCAGAUAUGUCUGUCUUUUUAUGAAGUAAAGAACAACAAGGCGAUAUGGUUCUCGAACAAAGUUGAACGCUUGUAUUGGGAACAAUGGUAUAUAAAUCUGAAUGUUGCACAACAUCACAAACCAACCUCUAGCAAAUCUCACCACUCCAAAGUUGUAGACUCAGGUGCAUCUGAGGAGAGAAGUGCUCGUAGGGCUGCAAUAGAAGUGUCACUUCGAGAGGUUCUGUUUCAGAUAAUAAAAUUUGUAAAUGAGAAAAAGGAUCACAUUCCUCCUAUUCCAAGUCGUGAAGGUAUCUCAUUUCCCUAUGAGAUUACUAUCCCAAGCUCAUCAGAUACUACGUUUGGAAUGGAUAUGAUCAAAAGGAUGCUCCAAACAGGCCAUCCAACCAUGCUUAGCUGACAGGUUCAAGGAUGUUAGUAUGAAAUAGUACUGUGAGAGGCAAAAUUGUGACGAGGAUUCAAACCUAAAAACCUAAUCUCAUUGCGUAUGUAAAUAAUGUCUUAUGCAUUUUUCCCUCUUUACUCCGUAUUCGUCAUGAAGUUUUCUCUGCUCGGAAGACGAGUACGACUACAUGAUAAAGCUUCUACGUAAACAUGUCCAUGUCUAUUGGCUCUGUUGUAUAUAUUGUGUUGACUUUCCCUUUAAA